CAGGUUCCAGUAGGACGAGCAACAAGGAAAGCGGUAGCCUUGCAGAGCUCUGGGACAUCACGCACAAAGGAGUCCUGUCAGUGGGAUCCAUUCACCCACACUCCUGCAUAUACUGCCAUCACCGUUUUGAUUCAUUAUGCCAUACUAUCCAUACUUCAGCCUUGAGAAGGUUUUCCAGGAUGCCUUUGAAAUAUAUAUAUUGCCUGAUGAAGAACAGGAAGAUGAAGAGGAAGAAAUGGAAGAUGAGUGGGAAGAAAUAGAGGAUGAGGACGAAAUGGAGGAGGAAGAGGAGGAAGAGGAAGAAGAGGAUGAUGGUGAUUAUGAAGAGGAGGAGGAAGGAACUGGAGAGGAGGAGGAAAUAGCAGAAGAUGAGGAGGAAGUAGAAGAGGUGGAAGUACCAGGAGAUGUGGAGGAAGUGGAAGAGGAGGAAGAAGUUGAACAGGAAGAGUACGAAGAGGAGGAGUAUGAAGAGGAGGUUGAGGAGGAGGAAUGGGAAGCCAUUGAUGGUGAUACUGUGUCUUUCACAUUAUCUGCCACAUUAAAAAUCUCUUUACCCUCCUGUCCUUCUCCACCUUCCACCUUUUCAUCCCAUCCUCUGAUCUGGGGCAAUCCCAGUGGGGUGGAUGGGUCUGUUGCCUGGAUGAUGAAUAUUUCCCAAAGUCAUCAGAGCUUGUACACCCUCAUGUCAUGCAGCAACUUGGAUGAAGAAUACAGAAGCCAGGAAGAAGAGAGUUUCACUUUCUCAUGGAGAAAACUCCAAAACCAAAAGGUUACUGAACUGGUGAAUCUCAUGAUCCUCAAAUAUAGAAUAAAGGAACCUGUCAAGAAAGUAGAAAUGCUCAGAGUUGUCACAGAAGUCUUCGAAAAUGAAUUCCCCAUUAUCUUUGAGGAAGCUUCUAAGUGCUUGGAGAUGAUUUUUGGCAUUGAUAUAAAGGAAGACGAUGCAGUAAGCAGCUCCUAUGUCCUGACCAACUCACUGGGCCUCACCUAUGAUGAUGUGAUAACUGACAGUCAGAGACUGCCCAGAAAUGGCUUCCUCAUAGUUAUUCUGGGUGUGAUAUUCAUAGAGGGAAACUGCGCCUCUGAAGAAAGCAUGUGGGAAUUCCUGAAUAUGAUGGGAAUAUAUGAUGGGAAGGAGCACUUCAUUUAUGGGGAGCCCAGGGAGUUUCUCACUGGAGAUUUAGUGUACCAAAAUUAUCUGAUUUAUCAGCAGGUACCCGAGAGUUAUCCUCCACGCUAUCAGUUCUUAUGGGGUCCAAGAGCCUACUCUGAGACAACCAAGAUGAAAGUCCUUGAGUUUUUGGCCAAGCUUACAAGUAGGGCCCCAACUUAUUUCUCAUCCUUAUAUAGCGAGGCAUUCAGAGAUGAGGAAGGGAGAGCCAUAGUUGGCCCCUCUGCUUAGUAACAUGUUGAUAACAACACGAGGCAGCCCAAUAUCUUGUUUGAAAGAGGACAGGCACAAUUUUCAGUAAAGGAGGAUCAAGUUUAGUCUGGGUAUGGGUAGAACACAGUAUGGGGCAACUUUGUGUUCUGUAUUUUUUUCCUUUUGUGUACUUU